AUGGCGCCUUUUAAUUUUGACAGUUUACCAGCAGAAAUAGUGAUCGAAAUAAUUGAAACUGCACUAGGAAAUCCAGGAGGAAGCUUUUGUAAGGUCGGCCAUAACGGGAUUUGGUCUCAGCCGAGGCCUGGUGGCCUCGAUCUGAUGCUACAGCAACCUUCACGCCCUCACACUCCUUUGGGAGAUACUCUUCCCUUUCCGGAUGGAAAUCAUAACAUAUGGGAGGAAGAAUCUGAUACUCAUACGUCCGAUGACGACGACCAAGAAGCGGUGGAUUUCUAUUCUACUGCGAAAACCUUGCGAUUAUGGGUUGAGUUCGAGUCAUUCUCUGGAGUUGGAAAGCUAAUAAAAAUGCUUUCCGAUUCGCAACUAGCUCGGGUCCAGCUGAAGCACUUGGACCUGGCCCUUGCAUCCGUGCCCUUAAAGGCAUAUGACCGGAUUCGGUCCAACUUUCCAAAUAUAGAGUCCCUAAAUGUUAGGAAUGGCUCUUAUAAACUUCCUGGCCGAGUGUGGGUGCCUGAGGAAGCAAGCAAAUGGGCAUCCUAUGGCCGAUUGACAAGGUUGCAGUUUUACUGGUGUAGAAAUCUCUAUGCUCCCCACGUCCCGGGGCUCGUUAAACUCUUUCCAGCCCUCAGAGAGCUACUGGUGUCGUCAUGCGGAGACCCAUCGGAUGAAGUUAUGGGCCCGCUUCGCUGGGAUUGGUAUCUUGACCCCGAAGCACUCUGUAAAACCCAUAUUCCACUUGAAUACUGCCAUGUCGAGCAUAUGGAUGAUUGGGAAAUCCGCGCAUUAGGGGUCAUACCAGCGAAGACAUGGAUCGUAACGACCAUCAAGCCCCCUCACUUUUUACAAGAGCUAUCGAACGACGAUCACAUCUUUCCAGGAAUAACCCACCUCCAGAUCGAAAGCGAAAGUUGGCCCACAGUUGAAAAGCCAGCAUCUGUGAUCACCCUCGAAGAAUUAUGCAAGAAAAGAGGUGUCAAACUUACGCGGGAUGCAAAACCCGUACACAGCGCUGGGUUCGUGAGCGGCCGUUGCCCGGAGCUGGAGUUUUCCAAAACUCCAGCUCCCAUCCUCUCCCAAUCGGCCUCUAGGCUAUUUGGUCGGACUUGCCUUUUGCUCCCAACCACAAUGUCGUCGGUCAAUUCUCUACCUAUAGAGCUGUUCAUUCCUAUCAUCACCGCUGUUCUGGACACUUCUUCUCGUGAUGAAUUUCCCAAAGUAGGCCAUAACGCGGCCUGGAGGAAGCAAAAGCCGAGCCCGCUAGAAAUAAUGGCGAUACAACAUUCAAGACCUCAUACUCCCGUAGAGGGUAUACUCCCUUUUCCAGAUGGGGUAGAUAAUGAAGCCAAUAGUCAAAAGUCGUCCAUUUCUAACCACCUAUCUAGGGUCAAUCGUGCAUUCAAUCAAAUCGCUACCGCCCUUUUGUUCCGAGACGUCAACCUUCUUUAUGGAAUUGAAAACAUCCCAAAGGUUGAAAGGAUACUGAAAGAGAUGGUUUUACCUCACGCUAAUCACAUUCGCUCACUCUGGAUCUAUGCUGAUACCACACAUGAACACUUGAUUGAAGAGUUGGAUACAUUCACCGCAAAUCUCCUGCGCAGUUGCCCUAGGCUAGAAUCUCUCGGCCUUUAUUUUCACUGGAACAUGAUUGAUCAAGAAUGGUCAGAGGGUUGGGUAACUGGGCUAACCUUUUGGAUAGUCCACAGGUUCAUCGAAAGUGUCGCUCAAUCAGAACGAGCUCGUAGUCAUCUCAAGAGUUUGGAUGUAGCUGGCGUCUCGGUCACUUUAGAGACUAGAGACCUCAUCUGCUCCCGCUUCCCCAAUCUCGA